CACACGUUACUACCUAUCUUCCCAUCUUCAUGUGAAGGCUAAUUAAUUCUCGUAGCCUUAGUUUUUGAUGGAGGUGCCACUUUAUAAAACAUACCAAACACUCUCUGGUGCGAUUUGAAAUACAUUUUUUAUACGCACUGCAAUUCUCAUCUCGCAUCGAACACUCCUCAAAGUGGCACGCCGUUGUGUGAUUUAGGAUAAUUUCCUAGGAUCUUUGGUCGUUAUGGCGACACCUAAAGCUUCGUACUAUACAUAUAGACGUCGAGCCAGGACUUAUCGAUGACUCAUGGUAUGAUUACGCUAGCAAUGCAUCUCCUUUCAUUGCUCAUCGUCAGAUAUAUCUCGAUAUUACCAAUCUGGUAUCGCACCUAGUUUUGAUUGACCGUUGAUAAUAUCUAAUAACCUCGUCGGUGCUUGAGCUCAUUGACGAACCCCGCAGACAGGCACCUGCUACUUAUUCCACAAACCUUCAACAUAAUGUCACCAGUGCUUGUUUCCUGGCUAAGUUUUAGAAUCAUAUGAGUUAGGUAUAUAUCGUCCAGCUUCACUAUGGCGCCACUCAGCGAGGAAGAAAAAAGCGACCUUAUCAAUAGAGUCCUUCAUGCGCUCUCGGAGACACCUUAUGCGUGCUCAUCACUAACGCAGCUUACCAAUGGAACGACCAACUUUGUCUUCCGUGGACAGCUGGUUCAUCCCAUUCGUCACAUUCGUGGGGAAGGCAACGAAGACGACACCACUGCUAGUACUGUUAUUGUGAAACAUUCUUUGGAGCAUGCCGCCCUCAACAAGAACCUGCCAAUCGAUGGAUCACGCACUCUGUAUGAAGUGUCCAUGCUCAGUUCCUUGAACGAGCUUCCAUCUAGCACAUUAGGAGUCGAGACGCCGCGUCUUCAUCUCUUCAUACGCGAUAUGAAUAUCCAAGUCUUGGAAGAUUUCCCAGAUGUAGAUGAUUUGAAGAAUGUACUAGUAUUGUCGGCUGGCAAACAAACCCUUACUGCGCAGGUAGCAACAUCCAUUGGCCAUACCAUAGGUGCCUGGUUAAGGUCAUUUCACAAUUGGGCGAUCGUUUCAAAUACGAAGUUUAAAGAUUUCGGCGACAAUGGAUCAAUGAGGAAGUUGAAGUACGCUAUUACAUAUGGCGCCUAUCUUGAUGUGCUUGAGUCCAGUUUUCCCGACCUCUUGGAAGGUUACCGUCUACCUCUACACCAAGUUAAAGAGCUGGCAAUGAAGGAGUUCGAUCAUCCGUCAAAUGACAGGUUUACGGAUAAGAACUGGGGACUCAUUCAUGGAGAUUUCUGGUCGGGGAACAUUUUGCUGUCAUCACAUUUGCUGCAUCACCUUCCUCAGAGUAUCAGUAACGAGAAGCUAUUCGUCGUUGAUUGGGAAUUCGUUCAGUUCGGUCACCGUGCCUAUGACAUCGGCCAGAUGAUAGGAGACCUCUACGAAAGAUGGUUAUUUAGGGGCGUUGAGGGCGCUAUACCAAUGAUUGAGGGGUUCAUUGAAGGAUACGGACAACUGGAAAACGAUGAGUUUGCCUUCCGCAUCGCUAUUCAUGCUGGGGUUCACCUCAUCGGUUGGUAUAUCAGAAGAGCCCCAGGCUCCCCUCUAGGGUUUCCGCUGGACCUGGUGACUGAUGCUAUGAGGACGGGGAGAGAUUGGAUCAGCAAAGGAUGGCAAAAAGAUAAGAAAUAUUUCGAAAACACUCCACUCGCACGCCUGUUUUCGAGGGGCGGGGUUCGGUAAACUUUGAAGUCGCUGCAGCGGAAAGAUGCGUUGCACAUCGCCAUCAACAAAUCACACGGUGGAAUUUAACGGGGUUGCCUAGAUAUAAACCAAUGAAGAAUCAUUGAACACAACCGGAUUCGAUCGAUGAUGUUCGUGCAGCUGUGGUGUCACAGUGGCAGAUGAGUCUAUCAUGUCAUGGAAAUGAAGUCUACCCGCAGUCAAGGUUGAUAGUCGCCGUCUUCGUUGCUAGUUUGGCCACCUCUACUGUCUGUUAUUAAUGACGCAGCUAGUUUCUCAUACCCGAGAAAAGAAAUGAGACGAUGUGAUUUUG